AACAUUUGGUGUAGGCCUAUAUUUCUGCUUCAAUUUGUGCAAAUCUAUGGCCUGCAUCGUUUCCGCGUCAUUAUACAAACAAAUGCACGUCUUCGUGUUUCUCGUGUGUAGGCUAAUACAAGUAUUUCCUGAAAACUUUGUGCAGCGAAUUUGGGCUUGAAUCAAAGCUCUGGAUGCCUAGCAACUAGAGGAGGAGUAUCUAUCUUCUAUUUUAAUCAGUGCCAUUGUUUGUCGCAAUUAAAAGGGCCGAAUUACAUUAUUAUUUUGACAUUAGGUCGCGGGCCGGUAGUUUGAGACCCCUGCACUGCAGCCUACACUACGCUCUUUACACACUUAACUUUCAGUUUCAUUUCUGCCUCUCCACUGAAAUAAGUUUCAUUUUCUGCUCCUCCACUAAUAUAAGUUUCACUCUGCUUCCCCACUUGAUAAAGCCGUUUUCCUCAGCUAGCUGCCAUUUCACUCCACGGGACAGAAGACACACUUAGGAGGAGAGAAAGUUUCAGCUGUAACAGAUUCCUUUGUCAUUAAAGUCUCUUUUUAUAUCAAUUCCUGUGUCUGCUAUUGGGUCCAAUCCUCGGACUGUGACGGUAUGGUAAUCAUGGGAGGGCUGAAAUCAACACCAUGGCCUCAUGUGGAGAUGAUACCAUAGAGACAGCAGCCCUGGGAAGACCAUUCCAGCUCGGGAUGCUGUACGACUGCCGAAAAGAUGCGCUUAUUCCAGGUAUAACCUUGUGGGAUCAAGAACAACUACAGAAGAAUACAAGUGUGCAGCAACAAAUUAAAACGGAAUUUGAUGUCAUAACAUCAGAUACAAUGGAGGAGAAGUCAAAUUCAUUAAAGAUCUCCGGCUCAAUGAAACUAAGUCUCUUGGGAGGUCUGGUGGAUGUGGGAGGAUCAGCUAAAUAUUUCCAAGACACAAAGAAAUCUCACAAACAAGCACGUGUGAUUCUUCAGUACAAAACAACAACACAAUUUGAAACAUUAACAAUGUCUUACCUGGCUCGUGGACAAGUGUCUCAUCCUAACGUGUUUGAAGAUGACACUGCCACUCAUGUCGUCACAGCCAUCUUGUACGGAGCUAGUGCCUACUUUGUGUUUGACAGAGAAUCAUCAUCAGAGGAUAAGAAGGAACAAGUGGAGGGGGAGGUUAACAUCACCUUCAAUAAACUGAAAAACCUCACAGUAGAUGCUGAUGCCUCUUUCAACAUGGAUGAAAGAGAGAAAUCAGCAGUUGACAAAUUUAGCUGCACAUUUCACAGAGAUUUUAAGUUACCCACCAACCCAACGUCCUUCAGUGAUGCUGUGAGAGUUUACAGAGACCUUCCAAACAUGCUGGGAGAGAAUGGAGAACAUGCUGUUCCACUCAGGGUGUGGCUGUACCCUCUCUGGAAGUUGGAUUCAAGAGCUGCAAGACUGGUAAGAGACAUCAGCAAUGACCUGAUCAGAUAUUCUUCAGACACCAUAGAGAGUUUUACCAAGACAGAGAUCAGAUGCAGAGACAUACUGAAAGACACUGCAGCUGCAGCAUUUCCCACAUUGGCAAAGAAUGUUGAGAAUUACAUGCAGAUGUGCCAUCAGUACAAGCUGGACUUCAUGCACAAGCUCGGGUCAGUGCUUCCUUCGAUCCGAGGGGGUGUGAAAGAGGGGAGUGCCCUAUUAGACAUUCUGAAGGCGCAUGAGAGUUCUCCAUUCAACAGCAAAGACCUGGAUCACUGGCUUACAAACAAGGAGAAGGAAUCAGAAACACUGAAAUCCUUCCUCAAGCAACUGAAUAAACUGGAUGUACAAAUGUAUGUGGAUUUGGAUGACCUCUUGAAUGAUGUAAAUGUCAAAAAUGUUGUGAGCUUUUCAUUUACCUCUCUAGAUGAGCCUGAUCAUUUCCUGUUGAAACUGUCAAAUGACCUCAAGCCAUUGGGAAUGUUGAAAACGUCUGAUGUAGAAUCAUCAGAUCUACAGGGUAGAAACAAUGAUUGGCUGUCCAGUGAUAUUAGACAAAAAAUGAGGGGACAGUUGAAACUGUUUGAAGAGCUGAAGAGGAUGAGCACCAGUGAUGACACCAAAUUCAUAGUUGUUUCAAAAUACGAUGAGAGUCAUCCUGGUGCAUGUAUUUUCAUAUAUGAAGAUGGAAAUGAUGAUGCAAUCCGCUUUGUUCCUCCAUCAAAACCUGCCACUCCAACCACUACUGGUGUUUCAUAUGACAGUGUAACAGUUCAGGUGUCUGACCCAGACUCUGCCACUGUAGAGUACCGAGUAGAAUACAGAGAGAAACAGAAUCAGGAGACUGAAUGGAAAUCCCACCCAGUGGAGAGGAACCAAGGGGCAGUAACUCUAUCAGGACUGAAGCCAGAGACAGAGUAUGAGAUCAGAACCACAGCUGUGGGCAAACUCGGCUAUGCUGUCGGCAGUGACAUCUGCAGAGCUGUAACUCUCUCAGUAGUCCGCCCACCAAAUCAGCUAAAAGUCUCUGAAGUGAAGACAAAUUGUAUCUCCCUAACAUGGAGCAUCCCAUCUGACCAAACAUGUGAAUCCUUAAAAGAGUAUGUCAUUGAAUACAGAACAAAACAGGAGACCAAAUGGAAAUCCCACCCAGUGCAGAAGAACCAAAAGGCAGUGACUCUAUCAGGACUGAAGCCAGAGACUGAGUAUGAGAUCAGAGCCACAGCUGUGAGUAAAUUCAGGUACACUGUCAGCAGUGAGGUAUGCAGAGCCGUAACCCAAACAGUGUGCCCACCAAAUCAGCUAAAAGUCUCUAAAGUGAAGACAAAUUGUAUCUCCCUAACAUGGAGCAUCCCAUCUGACCAAACAUGUGACUUUGUAAAAGAGUAUGUCAUUGAAUACAGAACAAAACAGGAGACUGAAUGGAAAUCCCACCCAGUGCAGAAGAACCAAAAGGCAGUGACUCUAUCAGGACUGAAGCCAGAGACUGAGUAUGAGAUCAGAGCCACAGCUGUGGGCAAACUCGGCUACAUCACUGUCAGCAGUGAUGUCUGCAGAGCUGUAACUCUCACAGCAGUUCCAUCAAAACCUGCCACUCCAAAGACCCCUGAUGUUUCACAUGACAGCAUAAUAGUUCAGGUAAUAGUUCAGGUGUCUGACCCAGACUCUGCCACUGUAGAGUACCGAGUAGAAUACAGAGAGAAACAGAAUCAGGAGACUGAAUGGAAAUCCCACCCAGUGCAGAGGAACCAAGAGGCAGUAACUCUGUCAGGACUUAAGCCACAGACUGAGUAUGAGAUCAGAGUCACAGCUGUGGGCAAACUUGGGUACGCUGUCAGCAGUGACAUUUGCAGAGCUGUAACUCUCAUAGCAGUUGGUCCACCAACUGAGGUAAAAGUGACUGAAGUGAAAGCAACCUCUAUCACCCUGACAUGGAGCUCCCCAUCUGUUCAACACUGUGAAUCAGUAAAGCGAUACAUCAUUGAGUUCAGGGAGGAGAGCAGAAAUCAGUGGCAGACCAAACAUACCAAGAAGGAGAUGUACUUUUACACCCUGAAAAACCUUAAAGGGAACACAACCUACUCCAUCAGGAUGUGCACAGAUGUUGGUGUUGGAGUAAGUGAACCUGGUGAAGAAUUACAGAUUAAAACUAAGAAAGGACCACUGGAUAGAACAAAGUUCACUCCCCUGCCAGGUAAUCCAUCAGUCUACCUAUAUAAGCCAACCGGAGGUGGCAAUCUCAACAAAAAGGUUUUUGGAAGUGCACCAGUCAAAAACCUAUCAAACAAAACCAUCAUGGUUGUUGGAGCUACUGGAUCUGGCAAGACCACCCUCAUCAACGGCAUGAUCAACUACACACUUGGAGUCGAGUGGGAGGACAACUGGAGGUUUAAACUGAUAAAUGAAGAAACCAGCAAAACACAGGCAUGCAGUCAGACUUCAAACGUGACAGCCUAUCAGAUUCACCACACAGAUGAAUUCCAAGUUCCAUAUUCUCUCACCAUCAUCGACACUCCAGGGUUUGGGGACACCAGAGGAAUCAAACAAGACAAAGAAAUCACAGAAAAAAUAAGAAACUUUUUCUCAGUCAAGGGUGGAAUUGAUAGCAUUGAUGCAGUGUGUUUUGUAGUGCAGUCUGCAUUGGCUCGUCUAACACACACACAGAAGUACAUCUUUGAUGCCAUCCUCUCCAUUUUUGGGAAGGACAUCGCCAGCAACAUCAUUGCUCUGGUCACCUUUGCUGAUGGCAAAUCACCCCCAGUACUGGAGGCAAUCAAAGCUGCUGACAUCCCAUGUGCUACUAACCCAGAUGGCUCCCUUCUUCAUUUCAAAUUCAACAACUCUGUGCUUUUUGCAAAAAAUACAGAAGCCAGCAGUGAUGAGGACAACUUUGAUUACAUGUUCUGGAAAAUGGGCAAAGUCAGCAUGAACAAAUUCUUCACUCAUCUAGCCAGCAUGCAACCCCAGAGUCUGACCCUGACAAAAGAAGUUCUUCAAGAGCGCAGAGAGCUUGAGGCGACUGUUGAGGGGUUGCAGCCUAUGAUACGAAAAGGUUUGUCCAAACUGGAGGAAAUAAACACCACAAAAGCUGCACUGCAAAACCACGAGACCCACAUGAAGGCAAAUGAGGACUUUGAAUUUGAAGUAGAGGUAGAACAUUCUGAGAAGAUUGAUAUUCCAUCAGGAAAAUUCAUCACCAACUGCCAUGGGUGCAACUAUACGUGCCACUAUCCUUGUUAUAUACCAAAAGAUGAGGACAAAAGUGGGUGUUCUGCCAUGAAAAAUGGAAGCUGCAUAGUGUGUCCAGGAAAAUGCCAUUGGACUAAGCAUUUCAACAUGACCUACCGAUGGGACACAACACGUGUGACAGAGAAGCGGACGUAUCAGGAACUGAAGAGUAAAUAUGAGACGGCACUGGGAGAGAAGAUGAGCAUGGAGAAAAUAGUUAAACAGCUGGAAGUAGAAUAUGAGCAGGUGCAGGGGAAAGUUGUUAAAAUUAUGGACACUGUAACUAAAUGCCUGAGACGCCUGUCAGAGAUUGCCCUUCGUCCAGAUCCUUUGUCUACUCCAGAUUACAUUGAUCUCCUGAUACUGUCAGAGGAGCGGGAGGCCAAACCUGGUUUUAUGGAGCGUAUUAAAGAGUUACAGGAAGUAAGACAAGGUGCAGUUCUCCUGCAGAAGGUGGCAGAGAGAGUAGAUCUAACUGCAAAAGAGAAGUCAAAAUGGCAGAAGAUUAAGUCAAAUGUCAAGGGGCUUUUCACUGAUUUUUUGUCACACUUUGAAUGAUAUGUCUUCUGACCAGCAGAAUGUGACAUUUAAUAUACAGAUUUAAUCUUUGUGUUUUUGCAGUAUAUAUUCAGUAGUUGCAGUCUAUAUGUACAAUCCUGUUAACCUUGCACCCCUGAAGGUCUGCAACCCAUAAUGAAACGGUCCAUGAAAUAAUUAACUAGAAAUGAUAAAACUGUGCUGUAUCGUUAAUGCAUAGAUCAUUUACACCAAUAUACAAAUAGCUUAGUGUGUGUCCAUUACUCCCACCCACGUUAUCUUUGUCCAGUAGAAACCCUGAUAUGAUAUGACGGGGACACAUCAUGUCUAAGGGUCUGAACUUUUCUUGCUGUUUCUUUUUAUCUAGCUAACAAGCACCGAUAAAUAGUCUGUUAACAUUCUCAAGAGAUGCUGAGUGUCAGGUGAAAGAAAGCUGUCUGGGUGAUGUUUGUGAUGUAAGUCAAAAGAGACAGAGAGUUCAUAAAAAUGGUCUGAAAUAUUUAGAUGAUUUUUAAAAAAAAAAAAUGGCAUCUAAGAGUAUAAAUGCUAAUAGGUUGAUCUGUCAUGAUUAUUUGGGGGUCCUUGGAAAAUGUUCUGCUGUUAUACUGUACAUAUGGGUUUAUGUAAUACAUCUUUUUAGUCAACUUUACCAAUAAAUUGUGGAGGGUCCUGUACUUGAUCGUUUCUUGUUGGUUAUGAGUACUUAGCAGAAACUUUUAUUGUCUUCACACACUUUAGUCUUGUUUAAUGGACUCGUGUAUCCUGUUCUAAUAACUGUCAACUGAAUUCAAAGCUUAAAUAGAAUUGCUGACUCACAGCACAGAUGAUGCUGAUAUCUGCUCCAUGUUGUGGGAUUUAUUGGGCAUUUAGCAGUCGAAAAAUUGAUGAGAAUAACGAGUGUUUAUGACAGUGAGUGGUAUAUGUUUGUGCGUGUGUAUCUGUGUGUGUGUGUGUGUGUGUGUGUGUAUGUGUGUGCGUGUGUGAGAGAGUGAUUGAUUGAUUGUUUUUAAUAAGAAACUUCUGUUCUACCAUAAUGUUAAUAAAGAAUUUUAAGCAAUCAAA